GGGAGGCACCGCCCGCAUGAAUUAACCAUACAAUAUUAAAAAAAUCUCCCCCAAAACAAAUUAAAAAGAUAAAUAUAAAGGAAGUGUGGUUGCAACCCAUAGUUCAUCCCUCUCCCAUCAACUUUGUGUUUCUCUCUUCACCUUCGUCUUUCUUUCAUUUCAAUUCUUUGUGGUUCAGAAACUCUGUACAGUUAAUCAAGCCCAACCUCACCUCACCUCACCUCACAUAACAGGUUUUAGUUGUUAAUUAAAUAUAUAGAUAGAAAUCCAAGGAAGAAGAUGAAGCAGUUUGCCGUCCAAAACGUCGUCGCUCCAUCCCACGAUGAGAUUAGCGUGGUUUGCCCCAAGCCCCGCCGCCUCGGCCUCUUCAACUUCCCCGUGAACGAUCCCCCUGUUAGACCCUUCUACUGGCAUCUCAGUUGCCAGGCUGAGCCAUGUGAUUCAAACUCGUCUGGUUCAAAUCCUUUGGACAACUUACUUACCAAGGAUGGUGAUUUUGAUGUAGAGCAAUCAUGGCCAGUGGUAACCUCGUCGCCCCCAUUUUUCUGCGGGUCGCCGCCGAGUAGAGCAGCUAACCCUUUGAUUCAGGAUGCUCGAUUUGGGGAUGAGAAUUUUUCCCCGCUCUCCCCACCGUCGUGGGUGGUGGUUCCGGCGGCUGCGUCGGGUCUGCCACCGUCUCCCUCUUCCUCUGCAAGGAAGGGAGGGUGUGUCCGAGCCAAUUUUGGUAACAAUCCUGCUGUGAGAAUUGAGGGGUUCGAUUGCCUUGACAGGGACAGGCGAAAUUGCAGCAUCCCUGCUCUGGCUUAGAACACCCUCCUCACACGCCACACGUCUCUUUGAUAUUAGGAUUCAGUUCAACAUAUAAACAUAACCACAGAAGAUGAGCCUUCAUACAAUAUAAUACCCUACGGAGAAGAGUAAUUUUGGAUGCUUGAGAGUUGAAUCUAGAGGAAGAGAUAAAAUUUUAUCUUGUGUCUGUUUGUAAAUAUGUUCAGUUAAUCGGCCAGUGCAUGUAAAUGUCAAUAGUGUGUCUUGUGUAGAGAAAUAUUGUCUAGCCUCCAAAUAAUGAUAGAGGGUUGAUUUGGGUGUUAAUUAGAUUUCGCCCGUGCCCUAUGUUAGUAGUGUCUAAGGAAAAAUACCAUUCUCUUUUUUGUAAGUAGAAGUCUUUUGAGGAUGGAGAAUAUUUCAUUUUGAUUUUCUUUUAUGAUGGGUCUCUCUCCUUGAAUUGUAAUUAGUAGCGGCUUAAGAAGCAAAAUCUGUACAAAGGAAUGGUUUGUUUUGAGAAUUCUCAGUUCAUGGGUCUUUUUGAAAUGUGAAAAGCAUGAGCAAAGUUUUACUGCGUAAAAAGAAAAGGCUGGUUUGUGUU